AUGAGAAGCAGUUGUGUCUGUGACAGUGAUCAGAAUGAAGUUGAACCUGUUUCAGAAGCUCAUCAAGAGUCUGAAAUUUAUGAUUAUAGUGACUUCAAUAGCAAUGAAAACUUAACUACGAAUAUAGAUCAACAUGAGGAUGAAAACAUGGUGGUUUCAACAGAAAGAUAUAGUAUUGAGACAGUUGAGACAUCAAGGACAACUCCACCAGCCGAGCCACCAGCUGCACAGCAGUCAGCAGUUUUAACACAGCCUAACAUCAGUCAUACUCCUAGAAGUGAGCCAACUGAUCUUGCAUUAGGACCAAAAGAUCGACCAAAACAACCAAUCAUAACGUUUCCAUCUCGCACUUUUCGUACUAAAAAAGGAGCUUUUAGUCCAGUUGGUAUAAAGCAGCCCUGUGGUUGGAAUAUUCUGUUUCUUCUGAUGCUGCCUUUUGUUACCCUUGCAGAGCGACGAUUAAAUGGAAAACUUAUCUCUCAAACCAUAAGAGGCACACAACUGUGCUUGACAGACUCCAAUCACAGAAAUUUGGUCAAGACAAAUCAGCACUAUAUUAUAUCUAUAUUAGAAGUUCUACUACUAUGUGCUCAGCAGGACUUGCCAUUACGAGGGCACAGAGAGUACAACUCGCAUAACAGAGGAAAUUUCCUUGAAAUUUUGUCAACUAUUGCUAAGCAUGACAAGAUUGUUGAAGCCAAACUGAAAAAUGCUCCACAAAACGCUAUUUACACUUCUCCCGAAAUUCAAAACCAGCUUCUUCAGCUAAUGGGUGAGUCAGUUCGUUCAAUGGUUUGUCGUGCUGUGAAAGAGGCAGUGUUCUUUUCAUUGCUUGUUGAUGAGACCAAAGAUGCCAGCAAAGUUGAGCAAAUAUCUAUUGUGCUUCGGUAUGUUGAUAUCAACACUGCUAGUAUAUAUGAGCGAUUUCUGACAUAUGUUGAAGCUGAAAGUCAAGGUGCAGAGCAAAUCACUCAUUACAUUACUAGCACUCUGAAAAAGUAUGACAUAGAUUUAAGGAACAUGGCAUCACAAGGCUAUGAUGGUGCCUCUGUAAUGAGUGGUACCAACUCAGGUGUUCAGAGGCGUAUGAGAGAUUUUGCUCCAGCAGCAAUAGAUGUCCAUUGCAAUGCACAUUGUUUAAAUCUUUGCCUUGUAGAUAGUGUAAAAUCUGUCUCCUUAGCAGACAUUACUUGUGGAAAAGAUGCCAGUAAAGCCACUGAAGCAAGGGGGAUACUUUUGCAAGUUCAAUCCUUUCAGUUUGUAUUGUGCUUAAUAAUUUUUGAUAGACUUCUGACAUGUAUCAAAGGCUUAUCUGAUGUGCUUCAGUCUGUACAACUUAACUUAGAUAAAGCAGCAGGACUGGUUGUUGGAACAAUAAAAACCAUAGAGAGCUUUCGGUCUGAUGAAGAAUGGAUAAAGCUACUCUCAUAUGCUAAGAGUGUUGCAGAUGUCCAUGACAUUUCUACUCAUAUUCCAACAGCCAACAGCUCUAGACAACGAAGAAGAGCUGUGCCACAACGUUAUAGUGAUGAGGUUGUCUUUGAAACAACUGGGUCACGGGAAUGCCCUUCUGAAGAUGAUGCUGACUCAAUAUUAAAAACCAAUCUUUAUUAUCCAAUUCUUGAUGCAGUUCUUGUGGAAUUCAAUUCUUGCUUUAGUAAAAAAAACCUUGAGCUCAUGAAAUCGCUACAUGCAUGCUGUCCAACAGCAGACGAAUUCCUUGAAAUAACAUUGUUGAAGCCCCUAAUAUUGGCAUAUAAUUUGGACUACCAGCAAUUGAUAACAGAGACUACACUUGCCAAAGCCAGCUUGCAAGGAAAGAAAAUGGAAGAUGUAAGUGAUGCCCUUUUAGAGCUGAUACCUUUAAAGGUUGCAUUUCCUAAUCUUAUCCAGCUACUCCAAAUUGCCCUGACUAUUUCUGUCUCUACAGCCAAGUGUGAGAGAACCUUUUCAACCCUCAAAAGAAUCAAAAGCUACUUGAGGACAACAAUGUCUGAAGAAAGGUUGAAUAACAUGGCAAUUCUUUCGAUUGAGCAUGACCUGG